AUGUCAAAUCAACUAAUUACAAAUCGUUCGUGCUCUCGUCCGCCAGACCAAGUUUUAAUCGGUAGUGCUCUAGCAUCUACUCUAGGUGUAUUAGUUACUCAGCCUCUCGAUGUCCUUAAAACUCGACUACAAGGCCCUCCCAUCCUCAGCGCUCACUCAAGUGUUGGUGUUUUUAAAACUGCCACAGCUUUAUGGUCAGAAGUUCCAUCUCAAAACCACUUGUCAUUUCGUUUACGAGCGUUUUGGGCAGGAACUAUCCCCUCUUUAUGGCGAUCAGUUCCCGGUGUUUGUGCUUAUUUUAGCACAAUAAAUUUACUUCAACCAUACUUGUCAAGUAGUGGUUCUCCCUCUUUAAAUUCUUUCUCUCUGGGUUUUACAAGUCGAUGUAUUGUGGGAACUGUCUUGCUUCCCUUCACGGUAGUUAAAGCUCAAGCUGAGGCUGGACUGAGCCAAAAUCGAUCAACAUUUGAGGCGCUUCGUUGGAUUUACAAAACUACCAAGCUGAAAGAUAGAACACCUCCGGAGGAUAUCCCGACUUAUUUAUUUAGCCUCUGUGCCUUUUUUGCGGCGUUCUGCGCUACUGCUGUAACACAACCUGCUGAUGUGCUUCGGUCAAAUCGUCAGCUUUCCAUCACCACGGCCACUCAUCGAACACCCUGGACACAAGUCCUGCGUGAAACGGUCCGGAUUGACGGAAUUACUGGACCAUGGCGUGGAUUCUACCUCCGUCUUACUCGACGAUCCAUUUUUGCGGUGAUAACCUGGACACUAUUUGAUAAAAUUCUUAUCUCAUCUCAGAGUCCUUUACCAACCUCCUAA